AUGGCCGUUGCUUUGAUUGGCAGAGCACCAAGUAGUUUGCCAAGUAACACGAAAAUAAGCCCUAAAGAACAUGCUAAGGAAAUUACAACUCGAAGUGGAAGGCAACUACCUGAGAUACAUGUAAAAAGGCUGGGUAUAAAUCCAGAAAUAACAUCUCUUGUUGUAGAAAAGACUAUAAAGCAUAACAAGCAGAUAAAGGAAUCUACCCCAGCUGGAGGACCAGGCAAAUCACAAGAUAAAGCAAUAGCAACCGUAAACCCUCAUGAGCCUCCCAUACCUUUCCCACAAAGGUUAAAGAAGCAGAAGUCGAAGCAACCAUAUAAAAGGUUUCUCGAAGUUUACAAGAAGCUCCACAUUAACAUCCCAUUCGUCGAAGCAUUAGUCCAGAUGCCUAGCUACAUAAAAUUCCUAAAGAACAUCCUAUCAAAUAAAUGCAAGCUGGAGGAACACGAGACGAUCAUGCUAACUGGGAUGCAGCUCCAGAAUUCAGAAGAAGCUCCCACUGAAAUUGAAAGAUCCAGGGAGUUUUACUGCGACUAUAGUGAUCUACAGCUGGCUGGCAAGUCAUUGACACAUCCCAAGGAAAUAAUAGAGGACGUAUUUAUCAAGGUUGAAAAAUUCAUAUUCUCUGUCAAUUUCCUCAUAUUGGACAUGGAAGAAGACGAGGACAUCCCAUUGAUACUUGGUAAACCAUUCUUGGCAACGGGGAGAACUUUAAUUGAUGUUCAGAAUGGGCAGUUGAUUUUGAGAUUGGGAGAAGAGCAUAUUUCGUUUAAUGUCUUCAAGGUGAUGAAACUACCUACAGAGUCAGAUAGUUGCUUCCAAAUCGACGUGAUUGACGAGGUGGUUCAAGAUUCAUUUUUGCUACACAAUCCAUCUAAUGCUUAUGAAGCCUGCAUUGCAAACUCUUAG